UUAUCCUGAAGGAAUGGGACCGGAAGUAUGUCUGUGGGCUCAAAGGUCCCAUUAGCUGUUUCUUGUUUCACCGAACAAGUGACUUGUAAUUCUCUAAUGCAAUAUAAGCUGAAACACUAGCCGGGUCAAAAGCCAACAAAAACAAAAACUCAACAUUGUAUGAAUGUAUGUAUUUACUGUAUUUCAGGGGCGUAUUCAGAAUGGGCUUUGCUAGCUAGCUAGCUACCGACUAAGCUAGCUAACAAGCUGUUAAAAGCUCAUGGGAAACUGCGGCGCAACAAACCGAAGGAACGUGAACUUUAUGCAAGAUAUAGUUUAUUAAAAGUAGAUGGGGUUUUUUUUUUUUUGGCUUAGUUUAGAGACUCGCCAUUCGCCCUGCUUUAACUGUAUCUAAACGACAUCUUAUAUCAGCCGCUUUGUUGUCCGGUACUCAUGGAUGAGUCCACAGCGUUAAACACAGCAGAUAAAUGUUACAUCUGCCUGAGUCACUUUGAACGCCAAACGGUGGCCUCCCUGGAGAACUGCCGGCAUGUCUUUUGCCUGGAAUGUAUCCUCCAGUGGUCCCAGACAGCCAACACUUGCCCGGUCGAUCGGAUCAGUUUUGACUUCAUCGAACAGAGGCAGCGUCCUGGAGGGGGCAUUCAAAAAAAGAUCAAAGUGAGGGCACAGAGGAGGCACGCCGAUGAUGAAGAGGAGGUGAGCGAUCCUGUUAUCUGUGAGGAAUGUGGACGGAGCGACCGGGGGCACCGGCUGCUGGUGUGCGUACACUGUGAUUCAGGGUAUCAUAUGGACUGCUUGACACCGUCAUUAAACACAGGCCCUGAAGGUGACUGGAUUUGUCCUGAGUGUGCAGUCAGUCCUCAACAUACAGACGACUCCAUGGUGGAGGAGGAGAUCAGCGACGGAGAACUAACAGACCUCCUAGCCGAAGUUGAUGAAACUGCAUCUACCAGCAGCCGCCUUCGGCCCUCGACCAUAAAUCAUCCUAGCAGCUCUACUGAACGACGACACAGCGCCAGGGUCCAGAGCAGAACCAGCAGCAAUCCUGAUCCUCGCCCGCCGACCUCCUGGCAUGUACCUAAGUACCUGUUACGAGCAGCGAGGCCCGCGGUCACAACAGAUGAAGUGACUGCGCUCCGUCACAGUGACACCAGCAGCGCUUCGGCCAAGUUAGACACAAGGAAAAGAAAAAGGGUUUAACUUGAGCUCCUUUGACACCAGCCGGCUGAGAGGAUGCUGGAGGACGGUCGUCACACGUCAUCACGUCUCAGCAGCUCGAAGUGCUCUUGUCCGAAAUGACCACGGGGUGGCAGCAUUGUGUUAGCAGUAAGGUACAACCCUAAACCUCAUCUGAAGGGACUGAACCUGAACCUGCAUCUGCAGGUGCUUUUUUUAUGUUUCUUUUGCGUUAUUUUCUAUCCUGUGUAAAAACUGUGGGGGAAUAUUUAUGUUUUUCCUUUGCUUUAAUUGUCACUAAAACCUUUUAAAAAGACCAAAACCAGCCAUGUGUGAG